GUUUGUUUUCUCUUAACUAACAUUAAAAUGCCAGUCACAUGAUCGUAAGAAUCAAGUUCAGCCUUCUCGGAUCAUAUCAACCAACCUAUCUGAAACCUCUAGCGAGUAAUGAUGAACUAUUCUGUCUCUCAGCACCUGCAGACUAAGAGUUUCAGUGUCCAGCUUUCAGAAUUAAAAUUCACCAGAAUCUUUUUUGAAAUUCUGCAAUAUCAGGAGCUGAAACAGCUAAAAGAGUUCAUUAUUUUGCAGGUUUCAGCUAUGUGGCUCUACCUGGUUGCCCUGGUGGGCCUUUGGCUCUUUUGUCGAUGGUACCUGGAAAGACAAAUGGUGGAGAACCUGACAGAGAAAUACGUCUUCAUCACGGGCUGUGAUUCUGGCUUUGGGAACCAGCUGGCCAGGCAGCUGGAUGCUCAGGGUCUGCGGGUGUUGGCCGCUUGUUUCACUCCAGAAGGCGCAGAACAGCUGGAAAAAGUCACGUCGCCUUGUUUGAAAACCACCCUACUGGAUGUCACCAGCACUGAGAGUGUUGCAGCAGCAACUGAGUGGGUGAAGGAGCAAGUAGGAGACAAAGGUCUCUGGGGCUUGGUGAACAAUGCAGGAGUCGCUUUCCCAUUGGCUCCCAACCAGUGGCUGACCAAGGAUGACUUUGCAAAGGUGCUAAAUGUCAACUUGCUGGGCGUAGUUGAUGUGACGCUCCACUUGCUGCCCCUCAUCAGGAGAGCCAGAGGUAGAGUGGUCAACGUGAGCAGUUUGGCUGGAAGAAUUGCCAUUAGUGGAGGCGGCUACAGCCCUUCAAAAUUUGCAUUGGAAGCCUUCUCUGACAGUCUCCGACGUGAAAUGCAUCCUUUUGGAGUCAAAGUCAGCAUCAUCGAGCCAGGUACAUUUUUUACAGGACUAGAAAAAUGUGCAGCAGAGUUCUUCGCAACCCUCUGGAGCAAAGUACCAGCUGAUAUCAAAGAACUCUACGGCCAGGAAUUCUGGAGAAAAUAACCAGUCCAAAUCGGGGGCAACCCACCACUGCAUCCAGGCCCAAAACUCCUGCUCUAGGGUGAGUUGGGAAUGGGGAUUUUGCAUGAUCAUUAUGUGGCGUGAGUUGGGAAUAGGGAUUUUGCAUGUUCAUUACUGUGGGGUGAGUUGGGAAUGGGGAUUUUUGCAUGAUCAUUACUGUGGGGUGAGUUGGGAAUGGGGAUUUUGCAUUAUCAUUAUUGUGGGGUGAGUUGGGAAUGGGGAUUUUGCAUUAUGCUUGCUCAUUAGUAAGUAGGAACCAGUAAAAGAGGAAUCUUGGCAAGUUUAAGAUGGGUGAACUUCAUGCUGCCUGAGGAAUUCUGGGAAUUGAAGUCCAUGCACCUUAAAGUUGCCAAAGUUGAGAAGCAUGGGUCUACACUAAAGCUUAGGAUUUUCCAUUCUUGUUUUAAUUAGAGUUUGGUGCAAUUAAAUAAAUCAGUUGUGGUUUUGUUAACAAAUAGUGAUUAAAGCGAUAUGAACCAUUACUGGACUUUUUGUGAGAAACUGAAAUUAAAAGUUGAUCUGGGCUUUGAUGAUUAAAUAAGGGAUUAUGGAAAUAAUGUAGACAAAUGUUAAUCUUAGAGUAAGAGUUUGAUAUAUAUUUUUACUUAUAUCUGUACCAAAGGAAGUUGGAAGUCAUUCUUUUUCAAUUUUCCUUCUUUUCCUCUUUCUUUCUUACACUUUCACUCUUUUUCUUUCCUGAGCCUUCUUUUUUCAAAUCUGUUUUUUAUUUGUUUAUCCCUAACUUUGUAUUUUUUUGAUGUAUGAAGGUUCAAAUACUCAGCCAUUAUAAUUCGACAUUCCUUAUUUACAGAAACCAUAUCACAAUUUAGAAUGAAAUCCAUCUCAUAUAACGCAGGCUCUGAGUCCCUCUAACCAAAAAGUGUUUAUCAAUAGAAGAGAAUAUUUGUAGCUCAGGGUUGAACUGUGGGUUCCUUGGUGCUCUCUGAGCUUGAUGGUUUUCUCACAGAUGUUUCAUUACCAAACUAGGUAACAUCAUCAGUACUAGAAGGGAGUGGAGAUUGCUCUUACUUUCAUAUACUAGUGGCUUACCCUGUCAGUGUUGAUCAGUUGCUUCACAAAAAGUGUUUUGAAUUAAAUUAUUAAAUUAUUAUUUAAAUGAUUUGAAUCCCACCACUGUAAUAUAUUAAAGGAGACUUGUACUAUUUUUACGAUUUAAAAUGCUUCAGGUAAUGACAUCCUAAUAGAUUAUUCACCAUAGCACCUGAGGAUUUCCUACAGAGAGCAAAACCAGCCUUCUGUGCCUUUUUUUAAAAAAAAAACAGAUCCAGCAAAUAGCCCUUAUAUAGAUCCCAUAUUACCCUCUUGUGGGAAAAGAGGAGUUCAGCUCCAUGAAUUGUUUUUGCUUUCUUGAGUGGCCUCUAUGCCUCCCAAGGUAUCAGAAAUUUAUUAUCAGCUGCUCUGUUGUCAAGUCUGCAGAGGCUCCACCUCAGAACAUCACAUUAAUAAUUCUAUCUCCUAAAAAAAAACCACUGGAAAGUUUCAGGCAAGAAUGUUGAAAUCCCUCAAAAUUUUGGAAUUCUGAUACAAGAUCAUGGGAAUGUGAUGACUGAAAUCUCAUAAGAUUUGCUGGUGUCCAGAGAACAACUAUUUAUAUGAUAGAUGCCAAUGCCAAGGCAAGACUAUGCAGUGGCACAUGAAGAUGUUGCCAAUCGCUUGCACAACCUAAUUUAGAAAGGAAUAUUAAAAAGGGCAAGAUAUAACCAGAACAGCAAUAUUCUGUCAAGUUUUCCAACUCUUUAUUUACUUGUUCAUUGAUUCAUUCAUUUAUCGUAUUUAAGAACCACCUAGCCCCUUCACAGGGGGACUCUGGGCAAUGUACAAUAAAAUAUUAAAACCAUAAAAACAAUAUGCAAAAUACUAUAAUAUAUAAUGUAGUUUCAUCUCUUUGGGUGGUAGCUAUAGCUGUGGUACAGGAAAAAUGCCAUCAUGGCAUGAAAGAAACAGUACUAUUUUACAGCCGAGGGAUAGAUCUCAGCCCAGAUUGCCA